AAAAAAGACAGCAGCCCAGUUCGAGCUUGCGUGUCCAUUCAGAAUAUCAUGAGCGACACGGCAUCCCUUGUAGAACUCAAUCAGGCAUUAGAUCCUCGAGCAGGCGCUACGCGUCAGCAAAGUGAACUCGCACUUCAAAAAUUAUUGUCUACAAUUGGAGAAACACUUACCUUGGAGCAAUCUAAUAAAACUCUCGAGAAUAUAUCCUUGGCAAACCUUUUCUACCAUGCUGAUUCUGAGGAAGACGUCGGAGUCUAUGCUCGAGAAGCUAUUCGCAGAGUGCUCAAUCCUAUCCCUUACGAAAGCAUAGCCACAACAGAAUACAAGACAUAUCUUGUACAAGGUCUUUCUCACUUUUCACCUGAUGUCAGAAAGCUCUCUCUCCAGCAGGUUGAGAAAUGUUUGGCCAACGAGCAAGCCAGCUCUUUGAUGGCAAAAUCUGACAUAUUUGUCUUGGUUUUGACAACAUUGAGCUUUCAAAGCCCAGAGGUAGCUGAAAAGGCGUCAGAUAUACUUUAUAAGGUGGCGUUAACUAAUGAUGGCCGUGGCGAAUUCUUUAGCCAACAGUCCAUAGCUAUCUUGAAAGCAAUUUCAACCAUUGAUGAAACCAUCAAAUUUCGAGUAUACGAGCUGAUUAUCAAGGUAGCCGGUUCGUCCGAGAAAGGAUUUGAAUUAGCGGAAAAUGAUAUGCUAUUGGACGAUAUUAUAGCAGAGGUGAAGUCAGAUGACAUUUUGAUCAAGAUCAACGCUAUAGAGAUGCUUAUGGAGAUGGCCGCCUCUCCGCCUGGUUAUCGAUUUAUGAAGAAAGCCAAUCUGUUGAGCUAUUUGGUGGGCUUAAUGAAAAACGAAACAGGAUCUGAAUCCUCCGUUACAGUGUGUGCUGCUGUCAAGUUCUUUGGCAGGCUCGUGUCAGUGAAGGGUGUCGAUCCAUCUGAAAUUGAAGCCGAUCUCGGCAUAGUCGAAAUUUGGAAAAACAUCCUACAAAAUGCUACGGAUGAUACUCUGGUUGUGACCAUCGCUACUAUUGGCCUUGUUGGAUCAUCGACCAACGGUUUGAUUCUACUCAAUGAAAAGGGUAUACUUGAAGAGGUCUGUGGGAAUUUCAGACUUUCGGCAGGUCAUAUUAAAGUGGGAUACCUUCAGAGUAUCUCACAAUUGCUGGCAGUACAUGAUUCAUCAGAGAAGAGCGUCGAAGUUGAAAAGAUAACAGAAAACAUAUUUCAUAAUAUGGGAGGGUCUGCUGGACCGAUCGAACUUUUGAUUAGUUUAGCUCAACAGCCUCUUGAAGAAAUGCGAGUUUCCGCUUUUGCUGUACUGGAAUCGAUUGCUACACACGAAUGGGGUCAGCGCGAAUUAACUCAGCCUAAAAAAUUCUUGGAUUAUAUCUUAAAUCGAACAACCGAGACAACGCAUGCCGGAAAGGUGAAGUACCUUCGAAUAUCUACAAUUUGGUUGAUGAUUAGCGAUUAACAAUAUUCCAUCCUUACUGAAAUACAAUGUAAUGCGCCAAUAGACGUGGAAAUUCUCUAUUGUUCGAGCGCUAACAGUAACACCUAACGCAGAAGCUAACAUAGAGCCAAUGGCACUUCGACGGCUAACAGAAUAUGUCAAACAGGGACCAUUUUACAUACAUAGGGAGGCAGCUGUUGCAAUGGAAUCGGGAUAAUAUAGUUAUCAUUUUUUUACAUAAAGAAAGAAAGAGGGAGAAAAAACCCGUUAUCUGUACUGUCUAUAUGGUAUUCAGUUUUGCUGCAAGCUGUUGUGCGCUACUGAAGUGGGAGAACAAUUUUGCUGACGUCACGAAUUUUUGAGUGGAAACUGGCA